GAUACUACGUAGGUUUAUCGUUCGAUUUAACCAGAGCUGACGAUUGGGCGUUACUUCGUCCAAAAGAAAUAAUGUGCAAAUAAACACACAAUAACAAACAUUAUAGUUACAGUAAUCUACAAUGACAUUACCGGAUAUUGCGAACAAACUUGCAAUGGAUAAUUCAAUGCUGUCUGCGGGGGAGAUCUGGACGGCGGUGCGGCACGCCAUGAUGCGCGCGUACACGGACGGGCGACUGACCUGCGGGGUAGUGGACUGUGCCAGUCAGCUGCAAAUGGAGCCUGAAAACGUGAUGCUAUGCAUCCUGCCUGAAAGCGCCGUCUCGAACGUGUCCAUCCGGAUUCAGCACACACUCAUGGAGGCCUACUGCCGCGAGAACGGCAUUCCUGUCGUUAAGGUCGAAACCAAAACGGCCAUUAGCGAAAUGCUAAAAGAGGUCAAGGCCGCUGGGAAGGGCAACAAUGCGCAUGCGCGACUGGAGCGGAAGACGAGCAACCCACGUGACUUUAACUGCUUCCUCGUCAAGAUCCCGGAUGCAGUAUCGUCUGAAGAGAAAAAACUGCAGAAAUAUUGCGAAUCUUGUGCGAACAACAACGAAAUCUACGUUGAGAUCCCGAGUUGAAAAAUUGACAACAAAUCAUCUUUAACCCUUCAAGAAACCGCGUUUUCUUGUUUUAUCACCGUCUGCGGUGUUGGCGUCAACGCACAAUGGAGCCGCAUUCAGCGCAGACGACGAUUUGGGUGCGAGCAUCAUGUGCUAGGGCAGACGCAAUUGUCCGCCUUUAUCCAGACGAGAGUGGCCACCAGUAGUUGUGACCAGUCUGUCAUCGCUGAGAAAAAUACUGUGAAAGUAUUGUAUUAAAAAUGAGGAAACAUAAUUUCUUAGAUGCCGGAAGCGAUAGAACAUCUCGGAUACCAGCUACAGAUAUUGAUUUGUGAUAGUGAAGCCACUGUUAAUAUGAUGUAUGUUGAUUUUCCAUUGCCUUUAUUAUUGUUUAUUAUCAUUGACUAUUGCGCUUAAAACUUUUUCUAUAAAACUAUUUUAUGUUGACCAUGUUUAAAACGCUCCGUCUGAACGGAACGGGAGGCGGAAAACUACAACGGGCGAGGCAUGGUCAGGGGCGAUAACCCCAAAAAAGGGUUAGGGUAAGGGUUAGGAUUAGGGGUCUGGUUAGGGUUAGGGUUGGGUUUAGGCUAACCCAAACCCUAACCCGACCCCUAACACUAACCCAAACCCUAACCCUAACCCUCUAACCCCCCCCUUGCGCAAUACCAUACCGUGCCUCGCCCGUUGUAGUUUUUCGCCUCCCGAACGGAACAUGAUAUUUAUUUUGAUGAACUCUAUAUGUAUCACCAGUUUUUACACUGAGAAAGUAUAUACCAAAACGGUAUUAUUUCCUUUAAUUAUUCUUGAGUUUACUUAUCCUUUUUCGUGUGUUAUGUAAAAUGUCCAAUAAACCAUUUCAUGAAAUUUCAGCAAAGUUUCAAUUGUGGUCAUGACUUGUCGUGUUUGUUUUUUUUAAAUAAAUUAAUUAAAGACAGCUUUCACUGACGCGUUUCAGUUCAUGAGGGAUCACGUUUUUCGUUAUGCAUGUAUUUUGUUUUUACUUUUUAAACAUGUUUUUUGACUUGCAUCGUGACUUUUUUAGAUCUCAAUAAAAUCAUAUGAAGAUUU